UGGGCCAAUCACAAACAGCUCUGGUCCAGAGCCCACUGGGACCUACCUCAUGGCCACCUACCCUUUGCUUUUCCCUCCGAAGCAUCACUCUUGUCUGCUGGAUCUGACAAAUGGUGCUGAAACCCGGGAACGCCCCCGGGGAAGAGCUGAAACACUGAGACUACAGGGACGACCACCCGUUACCAGACGGAGGCAGAAAUUAAAACAAAUGGCGGAUGACGCCGGUGCAGCGGGAGGGCCCGGAGGACCCGGGGGCCCAGGAUUAGGAGGCCGCGGCGGCUUCCGCGGAGGAUUCGGCAGCGGUCUUAGGGGCCGCGGUCGUGGUCGAGGGCGUGGCCGUGGUCGAGGCCGCGGGGCUCGCGGAGGUAAAGCUGAAGACAAGGAGUGGAUCCCCGUUACCAAGCUGGGCCGCCUGGUUAAGGACAUGAAGAUCAAGUCUCUGGAGGAGAUCUACCUGUUCUCCCUGCCCAUUAAGGAGUCUGAGAUCAUUGACUUUUUCCUGGGUGCAUCCCUAAAGGACGAGGUUCUGAAAAUCAUGCCAGUGCAGAAGCAGACUCGGGCUGGCCAGCGGACCAGGUUCAAGGCAUUCGUCGCUAUUGGGGACUACAAUGGUCAUGUUGCUGUGGCUACCACAUAA